UAGUAAACAUGUGUGCAUUUACUGUUUUAUUUCUGUGUUAUUACUGCUGGUUUUCUGGUUUUUGGUUUUUAUAUUUUAACAGAGUUUUAACUUUUACACUAAUUUCAGAAAUAAGGAUGAAUUUUGUGCGAAGGAUGUCAUGCUCUAUAAGUGGAUUUGUAAAGAAAGAUUUAGAAAUGAGUAAUGAAUAUUUUGAAUACUGCAUUUCCAUGUCUUCUCCUCUUCAUCCUUCUAUAGUUAAUUUGUUGCAGAGCACUAAGGAAGAACUAGGAAAUAAACUCGUAUCUUCUGUACAAGUUCUAAUGUUAAACCAGUUUAUUAUUAAACUAAUAUCAGCACAAAAGGUGUUGGAUAUUGGAGUUUAUACUGGUGCUAGUUCAUUAGCAUCUGCAUUAGUUGUCCCUCCUGAAGGAAAAGUAUAUUCUCUGGAGAAAAGUAUAAAGUUUGCUCAAAUUGCUCAAGAAAAUUUUAAGAAAUAUGAAGUGUCUGAUCGAAUUAAUCUAAUUAUUGGAGAUGCUUCAAAAUCUUUAGAGCACCUCUGCCAGGAAGGACAUUCAGGAACAUUUGAUUUCUCCUACAUUGAUGCUGAUAAAACCAACUACCCAACCUACUUCAACCUUAGUCUACAGCUGCUUAGACAAGGCGGUGUUCUAGCCGUAGAUAAUACGUUGUUCAAGGGGAAGGUAUUUGACCUGGACAACAGAGUUGGACAACAAAUUGAUAAUGCAAACAAAACUUUCAUAAGCUCAGGUGCCGUUGAUGUGCUUCUACUGAAUAUAGGGGACGGAUACACAUUAAUGAGAAAACGAUAAAAAAUAACAAGUAUUUGUCAACUAUGAACACUCAAAUCAAGCAAUGCUCUUAAAAAUAAGAUUAUACCAAAUAUGUAUAUUGUAUUUUGCAUUGGAUUGUAAAUAAAUGUACGCAAUUGCAAAUAUAAAAGAUAUUUUGUUAUUUAAAAAAUAUAUAUUUAAUUUGUU